AAUUCAAACGAGUCAAAACAAACAUCACCCCGAUCACUUUUCCAAACCUAACGCGUGCGCAACUUGCUUGCACCUACGGUCCAGAUCUCCGGAGAAGAACACUACCGCCGCAUUGAAGAUUAUUCAAGGUUUAUUCUCAGAUGAAGAUGGAUUAUUCUCCUGCUAGAAAAACAGUCAGACAGGCUUUUAUUCAAACUCAGCAGAAUUUGGAUCACUGCCUCUUUAAGAUAGCGAAUUCUGGAGUAAAGACUGAGGAGAGAUAUGAAAUAAACUCAAGAGGUCUAGAAAUUUUCUCCAAAAGUUGGCUCCCAGAGAUUGGACCAUUGAAGGCCAUAAUUUUUUAUUGCCAUGGAUAUGGGGAUACAUGUACCUUCUUUUUUGAAGGAGUUGCCAAGAAACUUGCAGCAUCCGGAUAUGGUGUAUUUGCAAUGGAUUAUCCAGGAUUUGGCCUUUCAGAAGGUCUCCAUUGUUAUAUUCCAAGUUUUGAUAGACUUGUGGAUGAUGUCAUUGAACAAUAUUCCAAAAUCAGAGCCAUGUCAGAAUACAGGGAUCUUCCACAUUUUCUUUUGGGAGAGUCCUUGGGAGGAGCAGUGGCUCUAAAGAUCCAUUUGAAGCAACCCCAUGUAUGGCAUGGAGCUGUUCUAGUUGCCCCUAUGUGUAAACUUACAGAUGAUGUCACUCCACCUUGGCUAAUGGUGCAGAUUUUAUUGCUCAUAGCUCGCAUCUUUCCUAAAAUGAAAUGGGUUCCUCAGAAGAAAGACUUUGCAGAAAUAGCAUUCAGAGACAUUGAAAAGAGAAGAAUUUAUGCUACUUACAAUGUAAUUGCCUACAAGGACCGCCCAAGACUCAGGACAGCUGUACAGAUGCUAAGGACUACACAAGAAAUAGAAAAAAUAAUGCAUGAAUUUGUAUGCAGGUUUCUUUACCAUUAUUGAUUCUACAUGGAGCAGAUGAUAAGGUAACUGAUCCCUCCGUCAGCAGGGCUUUAUAUGACAAGUCACAAAGUGCUGACAAAAAACUGAAACUUUAUGAUAAUGCAUAUCAUACUAUUCUUGAAGGUGAGCCGGAUGAGAGGAUAUUUGAAGUUCUUGAUGAUAUUGUUUCUUGGCUUGAUGAACAUUGUAAUAUGAGUCAAAGGUAGAUGAUAGAAUUGUCUACCUCUUUGUGUAUAAUUUGGUUGUAAUUUGAAUUAGAGGUGGAAUUUGUAUUCACAAAAUAUCGAUGGUUUGUAUGCAUGUGGGAUGGUUAGGAAAGUUUGUAUGCAUGUGGGAUGGUUAGGAAAGUUUGUAUGCAUGUGGGAUAUUAAUGAAUGCUAUUAUUAUUGUAUUAUUUGUGAAAAUGGAAUGUACUAAUUCAAAUAUUAAUAUUGAUUUGGUAAA